GCUCUCUCUUCCUACCACCAUGCUUCAAGUUGACAUGAGGAGCCUGCUCUUUGAUCGCUCCGCCAUCAUUUACCCAGCUAUCGAGUUUUUCCUCGCGAGACUCGCGCUGGGGCCAACUGCAUCGUUUGUGCCUCUCAUUUUUUUGAUAGCUGUCAUCAAUGUGCAGAGCCAGCACAUAGUCCACCGGAGCCCUCUCAGUCAACUUCCUUUAUCCUACGCCGCUGUCUGCCUUGGAAGCGCGUGGGCGCAUAAGUCUGCCCUUUCCUCUGCAACGGGGACAUCAACCGAGUCCUUCGGGGCCGCAUUCCUCCUGUACACUGUUUCCACUCUGGGUGCCUUGGCCCCACUGUACCUGCGACUGGUCAUUGUCUCCCGCGCCCAUUUGUCUCCGUGGGCCGAGUUGACGAUCUUCUCCACCUUGUGGGCUACCUCAUGGACUAUAUUCUCUAACAUCUGGCCUCUGGGUAGGCUUCUCACCUGGAGUCCUGCCUCGGGAGAUCACCCCUAUCAUUAUCUGCUAUCCUACUUAGGACCGGCUGGCAUUGACUGGUUGGUUGCUGCAUGGGCGUCGGUAUGCUCGGAGACCUUCACUCGCUGGCUCAUGGGCUCUGGGGGAGACGUUGGUGAGAUUGAGGUAGAUGGUGAGGGCCCCCCUGAAACACGGGACCAGGCGCGCCCUCGGCAUCUCUCUAUUCUCACAGGUCUGCUUCUGGCUCUGGCGAUUCCCUCAUUCAUCACGUUUCCUCUCGCACUCCGUCCCGAGGCGCGAGACACUACUCCGUUCGGUGUUGGAUGCGUCUUGCCACACUCCCCUACACCAAAGGUGUUCACGUUUGAUGACUAUGUAGCGGCUUCUAAACAGGUCAAUGCACAUGCAAGAGUUUUGCUUUGGCCAGAGGGUGCAGUCACUUUCACCAGUGCUCAAGACAAAGAAGAGAAGCUCGAGAGGAUCAGGAGUGGUGAUGGUCUGCAAGGCCCUCUGUAUGGCAUAGCUUUCGAGGAGUACACAAUGGCGGAUCCUUCUGAUCCCAACAGUGCUCGGCUGAAGCGGAAUGGUCUGGCCCUUGUCCACUACAAGAUGGAGAAGGGAGAGGAGGUGUUCCAGUAUUACAAGCGUAACCUAGUCCCAGUGGCUGAAUCUUUCCAAGCACUGCCAUCCGUCGAUCCUCCGUCUAUUUUCGACUACAAUCUGAGCAGCCCGCACAAUACCCCCAAGCCUGACUGGUCACCUCACUUCCCCCACACACGGCCGGUCCCGAUCACUUCGUCUAUCUGCUUUGAUUUCGCCUCCCCUUCCGCAUUUACAUCUCUCGAAUCACGCCCGGCGCUCAUCCUGGCACCUGCGAAGACAUGGGACACCAAGGUCGGCCUGGCGAUGUGGGAGCAGGCCAAGACCCGCGCAGACGAGCUCGGGUCAAUGGUCCUUUGGUGUGACGGGGGCGUGAACGGGGUAAGCGGCAUAGGUGGCGGCGGCAUGCAGGAGAUCAUGCAGGUUGGCGGAGGCUCGUGGACGCGCGAAAUCGGCUUGCAGUACCCGUUCGACACCGAGCGCACGGUGUAUGCGCGGUAUGGACAGGUCGGUGUGACGAUCUUCCUUUGGCUGGCCGUUGGAGGUCACUGGGUUGCGAGCCCAUUGUAUGCGCACGGAAGGGAGGCCGUUAUGAGGGCCAUCGGAGGUUUCCAUCCGGUGUUGCGGGCUCUGCCUUUCGUUAGUCGAUUCUUUGGACGUCGGGACGAGCGCGGUGAAAGGCGACCUGAACAAGUUGGAGAAAGGCAGCUCUUGUUGGUAUAAGGUGGAGACGAGAAUGUUCUAUUCUGCUUGUAAAUCUGACGUCACCGACAACAAUGAACGCCUUCAGUUAUCACAUCACGUAUUUCGCUCAAAUUCUGUCUGUCAUUGUGCUCUGUCUGAUAUCUUGCUUUGUCUGGUUACCGUUUUAGUCAGUAUAUGUACAGUAUAUUCCAAAGAUUGUAGUCAUGUCGUGUUCUCGGUGUGGCCAUAAAUUUGAAACGUGAACGGCCGUACCCUAACUCAACCUUAUGACGGUAGCCUGGCAAGUCCCAACGAAACCGCAACGGCUGAUACAACACCAUCCACGAUUCUGACCCUUGAGCCAGCUUCAGGUCCUAGGUCUUGUACACAAGCCUCCCGCACAGCAUGUUGAAGGCCUGUCAUAGCGGCGCAUCCGAGACAUACGGCGCCGAGUUUCCCGUUAGACGCGUGGAUCAGGCGCGACGUCGCGGCCUUCAUGAGCGCUUGGACCUGAUCAAAGUCGGUUUCAUGUAGUUCAGAGGCAGUUAGACCCGUCGUCUCGACACCUGCAAAUCGCGUGGCAACAUUGGCACCUAUUCUGCCAGCCGAGCUCGGGAGGCCGAGGAACUCGUGGACGCCAUCGGUGAGGAGGGUUUCCCAGAUCUUGCCUGUGGAGACGAUGCCAAAAGUCUCGUUGAGGCCGAGCAAAUGAAGACACG